AUGCCUUCUCACUUCGACACUCUUCAGCUUCACGCAGGUCAAACCGCUGAGGCUCCUCACAAGGCUAGAGCUCCACCAAUCUACGCAACCACAUCUUACGUUUUUAACGAUUCGAAGCAUGGUGCCCAAUUGUUCGGUUUGGAAACUCCAGGUUACAUCUACUCUAGAAUCAUGAACCCUACUAACGAUGUCUUCGAACAAAGAAUUGCUGCCUUAGAAGGUGGUAUUGGUGCAGUUGCAACCUCAUCUGGUCAAUCUGCCCAAUUUUUAGCAAUUGCUGGUUUGGCCCAUGCUGGUGACAAUAUCGUCUCCACUUCCUACUUGUACGGUGGUACUUAUAACCAGUUCAAAGUUGCCUUCAAGAGAUUAGGAAUCGAAAGUAGAUUCGUUAACGGUGACGAUGUAGAGGGUUUCAAGAAAUUGAUCGAUUCUAAGACAAAGGCUCUUUACAUCGAGUCGAUUGGUAACCCUAAGUACAACGUUCCAGAUUUCGAAAAAAUCGUCAAAUUGGCCCACGAUAAUGGUAUUCCAGUCGUUGUAGACAACACCUUCGGAGCUGGUGGAUUCUUGAUCCGUCCAAUCGAUCAUGGUGCUGAUAUUGUUGUCCAUUCUGCUACUAAGUGGAUCGGAGGGCACGGUACCACCAUUGCUGGUGUCAUUGUUGACUCAGGAAACUUUCCAUGGACUGAAUACCCUGAGAAGUUCCCACAAUUUUCUAAGCCUUCUGAAGGUUACCAUGGAUUGGUUAUCAGUGAAGCCUUAGGAAAGGCUGCUUACAUCGGUCAUGUUAGGAUCGAAUUAUUAAGAGAUUUAGGUCCAGCUUUGAAUCCAUUUGGUGCCUUUUUGUUGUUACAAGGUUUAGAAACUUUAUCCUUAAGAGUUGAAAGACAAUCCUACAAUGCCUUAAAGUUAGCUCAAUAUUUGGAAAAAUCUCCUUAUGUUGAUUGGGUUUCAUACUUAGGUUUACCAACUCAUGUAUCACAUGAAUUGAGUAAGAAAUACUUAAACAACAAGGAAAUUUUUGGUGGUGCCUUAUCUUUUGGUUUAAAGCCAUUAAAGGAAUCCACUGAAGAUCCUUUCCAAGAAGCUAGUCCAAGAGUGGUUGACAACUUAGAAAUCGCUUCAAACUUGGCCAAUGUUGGUGACUCAAAGACCUUAGUUAUUGCACCAUACUACACUACCCAUCAACAAUUAAGUGAAGAAGAAAAGAUCGCCUCUGGUGUCACCAAGGAUUUAGUCAGACUUUCCGUUGGUACUGAGUUCAUUGACGAUAUUAUUGCUGAUUUUGAACAAGCAUUUAAGAAGGUUUACGAGGCUUAG